AUGUCGAUAAAAAAUCAACUACUAGCAUUUGGGUCAAACGGACAUGGUCAACUUGGUAUUGGCACAAAAAUUGAUGUAAAUGUUUCUACAGAAUGCUUAUUUUCUUCAAACCAGACAAGUGAAUCAAUUUUGAAUGAAUCCCCACCCGUGGUUAUUAGUGGAGGAGGAAAUCAUUCUGCCUUUAUAACUCAUUAUGGUGAACUAUGGGUGAGUGGAUCGAACAGUGAUGGCCAAUGUGGCCCAUUAUAUUCUAAUGUAAUCACAACCACCACCCAAGAACAACUUUCAUCAUCAACCAUUUACCGUAAAAUAAUAGUAAAGGAUUCAGUAAAUAAAAUGGAAAUUAAAUGGAAAUAUGUUGCAUGCGGAUGGGCUUUUACAGUUGCCAUUACACAAGAGCAUGGAUUAGUUUAUACGUUUGGGAAAGGAUUGCAUGGAGAGUUAGGGUGUGGUAAAUCAAUAAUAUCAUCAAAUAAUCAAAUAUUACAAAUCGAAAACUUGCAAGGGAUCAAAAAAGUUGAUUGUGGGCUGCGACAUUGUGUUGGAUUAACUUACGAUGGAAUCUGUUUUGGAUGGGGAAAUAAUAAAUAUGGACAACUAGGACCAUUACAAAAAGAUUCAGAGAGUUAUGAUGCAAAAAUAUUAGAGCAGAAGAAAUUAAAUAUAAGUGGGUUAUCUGAAAAAAUUAGGACAGCUAAGAAAGACGAAUGCUACUUUAAACCAAUUAAAAUUUCAAUUGGAUUUACGGAAAGAAUUGAAGAUAUUGCAUGCGGACAACACCAUACACUUGUUUUGACUUGCAUGGGACAAGUUUAUUCAUUUGGCCUCAAUAAGUAUGGUCAACUAGGAUAUGCCUCACCGUUAAAAAUUCAAAAUUGUAUGAUUCCAAAACAGAUAACAAAUCUUCCUAGCAAGGUUAUUAAAAUAUCAUGUGGCUGGAAUACUUCUAUGGUUCUUUGCGAAGAUAAUAAAGUUUUAAUUUGGGGUAGAAAUGAUCAUGGACAAUUAGGAAAAGUUAAUUCAGAAAUAAAUCAAAAUAAAAAUGGUGAAAAUGAAAACGGAUAUAUUAAUCAACCUUUUCCAUUAUAUUAUCUUCCACAAUACGUUUUAUUUCCUAACUCUUUAAAAAUUCAAAGUUGUAUUUGUGGAUCAGAACAUUCUUUGGCUAUAUCGACAUCUAGUGAGUGUUUUUCUUGGGGAUGGAAUGAACAUGGAAAUUGUGGCACAGGCAGUAACAUUGAUCAAUGGACACCAGUAAAAAUUAAUACAUUAAAUAAUAUAAUUGUUAAAAAAAUUGGUACUGGUUGUGGAAAUUCAUGG